AAACCCUUAGAUAAAUAUCCAAAACCCUAGAGGCGUCGCCGCUGUCGGCGCGGCCGCGAUGGGCAAAGCAAAGACGAAGGGCAAGCAGAGGCUUGACAAGUUCUACCACCUCGCCAAGGAGCAAGGCUACCGCUCCCGUGCUGCCUUCAAGCUCCACCAGCUUGACGCCAAGUACUCCCUUCUCUCCUCCUCCCGCUCCGUCCUUGACCUCUGUGCCGCCCCCGGAGGAUGGCUCCAGGUCGCCGUUCGUCGCGCUCCUGUCGGUGCCUUCAUUCUCGGUGUUGAUCUCCACCCUAUCCGCCCUAUCAAGGGUGCGGAGUCCAUCGUUGAGGACAUCACCACCCCGCGAUGUCGCUCUACGAUUAAGCGUCUCAUGGGGCAGCAUGGAGUGUCGGCGUUUAACCUUGUUUUGCAUGAUGGGUCUCCCAAUGUUGGUGGUGCUUGGGCGCAGGAAGCUACAAGCCAAUCUGCAUUGGUUGUUGAUUCGAUACGCCUUGCUACAGAAUUCUUGGCUCCCCAGGGCACCUUCGUCACCAAGGUUUUUAGAUCACAAGACUACAGUGCAAUUAUCUACUGUAUGAAACAGCUUUUUGAGAAGGUUGAGGUUACUAAACCUGUUGCCAGUCGUAGUACUUCUGCAGAAAUUUAUGUUAUUGGUUUAAAAUACAAGGCCCCUGCAAAGAUUGACCCCCGUCUUCUUGAUGUGAAACACCUGUUUCAAGGGGUCACAGAUACUCCUAAGGUGGUGGAUGUUCUUAGAGGAACCAAACAAAAGAGAAAUCGUGAAGGUUAUGAGGAUGGGAGUUCCAUUUUGAGGAAGGUUGGCAAAGCUUCAGACUUUAUUUGGUCAGAAACACCACUGGAGUUUCUUGGUUCAGUGACAGAGUUGUCUUUUGUAGACCCAGCAUGUUUGUCUAUCAAGAACCAUGAAUUAACUUCAGAGGAGGUUAGAUCAUUAUGUGCGGAUUUAUGUGUGCUGGACAAACAUAGCUUCAAGCAUCUCCUAAAAUGGCGUAUGCGCAUAAGAAAGGAACUCUUGUCUAGUAAGAAAGUUGCUUCUAAAGCUGCUGAAACAGAGAAUGGCACAAAGUGCAAUGUGGAUGAAGAUGAUGUAAAAGGAAAUGAGGAUGAUCGGCUACUAGGUGAAAUGGAAGAGCUAACAUUUGCUCUGGAACAUAAGAAAAAGAGACAGAAAAAACUUCUUGCAAAACGCCGAGCUAAGGAUAAGGUUCGCAAAGCAACUGGGAUGCAGGUUGAUGCCACAGAAGAUAGUUACAAUGACAAUUCAUUAUUUUCUCUCUCCUCCAUUAAGGGGAAGAAGGAACUGUCUGCCAUCCAUACUGCAGAGCUCAAUCAUGAAGAUGGUGAAUUCACGGACAGUGAAAAUGAAGAAAUGCGUGCUGCUGUUUACCAUGAUACCGUUGAUAGCCCGGGGGAUUCUGAUGAAGAUCAAAAGCGGUAUGAUGAACAACUUGAGGAAAUGCUUGACCAAGCUUAUGAACGAUACAUAACUAGAAAGGGUGGGAGCACAAAACCAACCAAACGAGCUAAGCGGGUUGCCUCUACUGACGGUGCUGAUUUGAUGGAGGGAGGUGAUGAUGAUGAUGUGGCUCCAUCGGAUUAUGAUUCUGACCAUGAUGAGAAUGGCCAGGAGAUGAACCCUCUCAUGGUGUCUUUGCAUGAGGAUGAACCGGCAACUCAAGAGCAAAUCAUGGACAAGUGGUUUAGUCAAGAUGUGUUUGCUCGAGCUGCAACACAAGGAGAGUUUGAAAAAAGUGACAGUGAUGAUGAAGGAGAGGAGCACUUGCCCAGAAUGUCCAAAAAGAUAAAAGACAAGGCGGCUGGUGGCAAAGGCCUCACUAAACCAAAAUCUCGGGUUUCACAGCAAGAAGAUUUUGAAAUCGUUCCCGCUGAACCUAUAAAAGCAAGUGAUGAUGAUGAUGAUUCAUCCUCUGAUACAUCAGAGGAUUUAGAUGAUCUUGAAAAGGCUGAAAUAUCAGCUCUGGGGGUGAAGAUGUUAAGGAAGAAGCUGAGGAAUCAGAUAAUUGAUGAUGGCUACAGUAGAUAUAUGUUUGAUGAUGAUGAAGACCAGCUUCCAUUAUGGUUUGUGCAGGAAGAGAAGAAGCACUCCCAGCCUAUGAAACCUGUGACAAGGGAGGAGGUUGCCGCCAUGAGAGCUCAGUUCAGAGAGAUUGAUGCUCGACCAGCGAAGAAGGUGGCAGAGGCCAAAGCUCGAAAGAAACGUAUUGCAAUGAAGAAGAUGGAGAAUGCUCGUCAGAAGGCAAAUGCAAUCUCCGACCAGACUGACAUCUCUGAGCGGUCAAAAGAUAAGAUGAUCAAUCAACUCUACAAGAAGGCAAUGCCAAAGAGGCCCCAGAAGGAGUAUGUUGUCGCAAAGAAGGGGGUUCAGGUGAAGCCUGGUAAGGGAAAGGUCUUGGUUGAUCGGCGAAUGAAGAAGGAUGCAAGGUCUCGUGGGGCGGGGAAGUCAGGUAAGGGUAAGAAGAUGAAAGGCGGUGCCAAAGGGAAGGUAAAAGGCCAGAGGAAUAGAGGAGCUUCGAAAGCUCCUUCAAAAGGAAAUAAAGGUGGCCGCAAGGGAAUGAAGGCCUAAAAAAGCUGCACUCUGGCUGUAUUUUUACUGUCUUCUUCAAAGGAUGAUGAAAACUGUUUUACCAAUCUAUUUAGAGCUCAAAAAGUUUUUUUUUUUUUGGCUA